AUGGGCCGUUUUGAAGGAAAAGUUGCUAUCGUUACUGGUAAGUCUCCAGUAUUUUUGUUCGACGAACGAGGCUCAUCCGUCUUUAUUCAAGGUUCUUCAUCGGGUAUUGGAGCAGCAUCAGCUAUAUUAUUUGCAAAAGAAGGUGCAAAAGUCACAAUUACUGGAAGAAAAUCAGAUGGUCUUGAGGCUACAAAACGGUUCAUCAUUGAAGCUGGUGGCAAAGAAGACGACGUCAAUGUUGUCAUUGCCGAUGUCACUGAGGCUGAUGGGCGAGAGAAAAUCGUUGGAAGUACGGUCGAAAAAUGGGGCAGAAUCGACAUUUUGGUAAACAAUGCGGGUGGUUUGCGACGAGAUGAAAACGGUUCAAAUGGUAUUAGCGCCGAUGCAGAGGUGCUGAAGAAAACAAUGGAUUUGAAUGUGUACAGCGCGGUGGAAAUGAUACAAUUAGCUCGACCACACCUUGUGAAAGCUAAAGGAGAAAUAGUCAACGUUUCCAGCAUUGCUGCAUUACCGAAAGCAACUCCAACUUGUCUAUAUUAUGCUAUGGCUAAAGCUGCUAUGGAUCAAAUGACCCGUGGACUUGCCGUCGAGCUCAUUGCUGAAGGUGUUCGAGUGAAUAGUGUGAAUCCUGGUGUUGUAGUCACAAAUGUCAUUCAGAACUCUGGAAAAACCGAAGAAGAUGCGGCUGAGUUCUACAAAAAAUACGAAGAAUCACCAGAUUGUUUGCCCAUUGAUGGAGUUGGGAAACCAGAGGACAUAGCGAAUGUGAUAGCAUUUUUAGCGGAUCGCAGCUCAUCGCGAUACAUCAUCGGCCAAACAAUCGUUGCUGAUGGCGGUUCCAUGUUGGUGAUUGCUUCAAACGCAACUGGUGCUAAAAGAGAGCCCAAAUAA